GAAGCCAAAGGUACUCCUGCAGAGUUCAGUUCCACCACUGACUUCAUUAGAAGUUGUAAAAAAAAACAAAAAAACAAGAACUCUGAGGUUACCAGUUUUCUACCUAUUUUGCCAUGGGCCAUUUAUUUUUCUUAAGGUGGUUCUUGCUCUUUAUAGUGGUUACUAACAUGGAGGCUCAACAGAAAACAUUAAGUAUUGAAACAAAAUGUCUGGGGAGUGUCAUGCGGAUGGAUAUCGGUCCUGUUGUUGGAAAAGUUUUGGAAGUUGCUGCUGUCAUAAAUAACACUGCUGUUGUUGUUUCACCACAUCUGGCAUCGCAGUGUGGCUUCAGCAUGAAGACAAGGCCGGGCAAGAUCUUGACUUAUGUCUCCCUCCAAAACUGUUUUGCCCAAAAUGUGGAUGAUAAAACGUUCACCACUCCAUUACAUCUUCGACUCCAUGGGAGCCACUCUGCUGAUGAGUUGUACCAAGUGGCUGAAACCUGCCACUAUGCCGCCUGGGCCUCAAGGGAAGUCAUCUGUACUCAUAACUACAUGGAGGUUUCUGUGAAAAGGGCUGCUCCCCAUGACUACACUCUACCUGAACAUCCCAUCCAACAGACAGGCCCAAAGCCUGCUACUUCUCGACGAGCUGCAGAGAAGAUCUCUAUAGACACUGGCUUUAAAAUUACAACUGUUGUGCUCUACACUCCUGCUGGAGAGAAGCAUAUGAGUGUGGCCGACAUUCAGAGAAGUGGGUAUGGGAUCAGUAAUACUCCUACAAGGCUGGUUCUACGAAGCCCAAUGAUGGCACCGGAAACGUACACCCAGAAUGUAGCACGGAUCCCUAUGAGGGUUUUUAAAACUUCAACAAUCUUUGAAAAACAGUGGUUGGCAACUCAAAUUGAUGCAGCAGCUGCUUGUCCACUGCAAGAAGGUAGUGUCUUCUUCUCUUCUACCACAAUCACCUGGUAUCUGCCCAGGCAAAUCAGCCCAAUGAUGUCGUCCAGCCAUUUCAAUCUGUUGGAGGUACACUUUGGAAUUGACGGACAAAGGCUCAGCGCUGCUGAGAUGCAGGCCAAUCACUACUCCUUAUCUCUGAAUGACCUCUACAUUGUCACUCAAAUUCCUGUUGGAGCUGUUGGCGGCUAUUAUAAGAGUCAUGUUCAACAUAAUCAUUACUACAUCUCUUAUGUGAUUGAGCCCAUGCUUGAGUUGCUCUGGACUGAAGACUCUGCUCAUGAGCACACGAGAUACAAAGUACUCUUUCACAUUGAAACACCCUUGGUGCCUGGAUCUCUCCAGCUUACUGACAAUACAGUUCCAGCUGAGCACAUGUUUAAAAUUGUGCUCGGGCAUUUUGCACCUGAUGUGGUUCUAGUAAACAUCACCUUCCCUUCGGAGGUUUUGUCUGUGGCUGACUGCAAUGCCAGAGGCUUCAACAUGCUUGAGCACAUCUCUCCUAAUGGCAGCAUGAAGGUCUUUUCUCUUCAAGUGCCCUUCACAGACCCUGCUGUGUCAAAAAUGAAAGGCGAUGGCGUUAUUGUCUUGUCUCUUCACCUGACCUUUGGCUUGCUGAUUCUGGAUAAGUUUGUACCCUUUUCUCACACAGCCUAUGUGGAAACUGUUUUAAAUGACAUGGUUUCACCUUCUGUCAGUGGAGUAUGUGAUCAUCAGAACUUUUAUAUCCUUGUGAAAUACGGAACCCGAGGCUUAAACUUCCAGACCACAAUAGGAAAGCGGCCGAUGACCCCAAGUUUGGCUCAGGAUUACCACUACAUGGAGAAUGGGACACAUUUCAGCUUUGUUGUACCAUUUUCAUCCCCUGAUGUCGCAGUUGAGGCUAUUGCAUCAUCCUCCCUUACAAGCCGACUUGAUGUGGUUUUAAGUAAUCCAGAGAACAAUGAUAACAUUAAAGACUUCUCUUUAGUGUGCAAUUUUCCAUUGGCACUGACGGAGUGUUUUCCCAAUGGAACAAUGACUGCCCUGGCUAUAAAACUGGAAUCGGUUCCUUCUCUGAACCCACGUCACCUCACCCUGAAAGACCCCACCUGUGGCCCCAUCCACAGCAAUGACCACUAUGCUCAUUUUAUCUUCACUGUGAAUUCCUGUGGGACUACAAGGAAGUUUUUGCCCAAUGCCAUGUUGUAUGAAAAUGAGAUCUCGCUGCCAGAAGGGAUUCAAAAAGCAACAACAGGAUCUGACUCUGAGGAACCAGAAUAUGAGUUGAAGAUUUUAUGCUCUUAUGACAUCAACACAAGCCGUGCAGUGGCCUUCAACACCAGACUUCGCAGGAGUGAACCAUAUGCUGAAAACUCAAAAGGCCAGCUACAAAUUGAAAUGAGGCUGGCUUUGGACAACUCGUACAGCGAGUUCCAGCAGCUUGAGGAUUACCCCAUAGCAAAAUAUCUACAACAGCCACUCUACUUUGAGGUGCAGCUGAAGUCUACAAACCCUCAAGUAUCACUGGAGUUGGAGAACUGCUGGGCAACACAGGAUGAGGACAGGAAUUCCCAACCCAGAUGGAAUCUGAUAAUCAAUGGCUGUCCAAACCCAGUGGAUCCAUAUCAGGUGGUCUUCCAUCCUGUGUGGCCUGAUGCCAGAGUUCAGUAUCCAUCUCAUUUUAAGCGCUUUGAGGUCCAGAUGUUUGCUUUUGCGGAAAGCCAAGAUGACUUGAGUAGCCAGCUCUUCGUCCAUUGUGAUGCUGUGAUCUGUGAUGCCAAAAAUCCCCUUGGUGGAGUUUGUAGUGGGCAGUGUCCAAACCCAGAAAAUGGGACAAAAGGUCAAAGACGUGAUGUUUCAGAUGUUCAUGGUUUCAAAUAUGUAUCUGUGGGACCAAUAAACCUAAGCCAAUAAACUUUUCUUUUUUUAAAAAAAAAAA